AUUCAUUCAAUCAAUCAGAUCAGUCACUUCUUCAAAAAUCGGUCGUGAGUGCGUGCGUGUUGUUUAAUUUUCAAGAUUUCAUUGCGUUCUACUUUAAAAAUUGAAUCAAAAUUAUUUACAACAAAUAUUGCUUUAUCUUUAUAAUUAAUAUAAUUGAAUUAUGUUAUUAAUCUGCUGAAUUAAGAAUAAGACUAUAACAAAUUAUUGGUGACAAGUGUCCAAGUUUCUCUACGAUGUUGUGAAUUUGUGUAAAAAUGAAGUGCUAUCGCAGUGUGAGUGUGGAAAUAAAUACAAUAAAGAGGUAACUUAGUUUUGGCAUGGACAAUGGAUGAUGAGGAGGCUGAUCUGCGAGAGCAAAUAUUCCACAACAAUGUGAGGGAACAGAUUAUAUUUCUGAUCCUCUUCAUUUUACUGUACCUGUUCUCGUUUAUGCUGAUUGAGAAGUUCCGGAGACGUGACAGUGAGGAUUACUUCCCCGGUGAUGAGGAUGAGGUGAAGGUGUACCGUAUCAGCCUGCUGUUGUGCACAGUGGCUCUAGCUGUGUCUCUGGGGUCAACACUCUUGCUGCCUGUGUCCAUAGUCAGCAAUGAGGUCCUCCUGUUGUACCCCAACAGCUAUUAUGUGAAAUGGCUCAACAGCUCCUUGAUACAAGGGCUAUGGAACCACGUGUUCCUGUUCUCGAACCUGUCGAUGUUCGUGUUCCUCCCGUUCGCGUACCUGUUCUCCGAAUCGUCGGGGUUCCCCGGGUGUCGGGGGCUGCGCGGGAGGGUCUACGAGACGUUCACAGUUCUAGCGCUGCUUGGAGUCGCCAUGCUGGGCCUGGCCUACGUCAUAUCAGCCCUGUUGGACGGAGAUCGAUCCAGUAUUGAUGCCUUACUUAAUCUAUGGACCUACCUGCCGUUCUUGUAUUCCUGUGUGUCAUUUGUGGGUGUUCUGAUGUUGCUUGUGUUUACCCCUCUCGGCUUCGUGCGCCUGUUUGGCGUGGUGGGCGGCGUGCUGGUGAAGCCGCAGUUCCUCAGGGAUCUCAAUGAAGAAUAUUACAUGUACUCGUUUGAGGAAGACACCAUCAGAAGACGCAUCAACAACGCUGUCGCCACUGGAGCGGGUUACAUCUCCCCCGAGCCAAUGUACCCCGACCGGGGUGACAUAUCAGCGUCCCCAGUAGAUUUGGACACGUCGCUGUCAAAAGACCCCAAGGGUUCUCCACAGGGCAAGCAGACGCCGCUGUUGAAGCUCAGGAAUGGCGCGCUGCAGGCCGGGCUCAAUGAGAGGCUGCAGAGGGUCGUGGCUAUGAGGCAGGAGGUGGAAAACCAGCGCAAGACAUCGUCACUGCAGAGAAAUGUGGUGUAUCCUCUAGCCAUGCUGCUGUUGCUGGCCCUGACCACCAUCACGGUGCUCAUGGUGCUGCAGAACAUCCUGGAACUGCUCAUCGGGUUGAAGGCGUUACCUCUCAGUACCAGACAAUUCAGUUUGGGCAUCGCGUCGCUGUCAAAGCUGGGAUGGGCGGGCGCGGCGCUGGAGGCGGUGCUGAUCCUGUACCUGCACGCGGCGUCGCUGACGGGCGGCACAGUGCCGCUGCGCGCGCUGCACGUGCUGCCGCGCGCGCGCCGCACGCCGCUCGCGCGCAUCAUCGCGCACAGCGCGCUGCUGCUCGCGCACUCCACCGCGCAGCCGCUGCUCGUCAAGAUAUUAGGCAUAACGAACUUUGAUCUGCUGGGCGAGUUCGGGCGCAUCGAGUGGCUCGGCAACUUCAAGCUGGUGUUGCUGUACAACGCGAUAUUCGCGGCCACCGUCACCCUCUGCCUCGUGUCCAAGUUCACCGCCAGCGUGCGCCGCGAGCUCUACAACAGAUUCAAGUGGAUAACAGAUCAAUUCUCAGUUCCGGUGGACAACAUUCCCAACAAGACACUUAAUGCUACCACAGCAUCAUUGGAAAGGACUCUCAAUAUGGACAAAACAGAAUUGGCUAUGAAAACAGAGAAACAUGUGAAAUCAGACUGAAGGAGGGAGUGAUGACAAACUGUGUUUUGGGCUAAUGGACAACAGAGGAAACAUCAUUAGGUGUUGUUCUGAAGGGGUUAGAGAAAUUGAAUGUCAAUUUCUCUAACCUUCCUUCAGAACAAAUUAUGAAAAAGAAAAUAUAUUUUGUCUUGUAAUGGAAUAAUUACCUUUACAUUUCUUAUCUGUGAUUAAUCUUAAAAUAAUUGUAAUUUUUUUAAUGGAUCUUUUUAUACAUAGGUAGAAAUAAAAUACAUAAAUAUGUUUAUU